GGAAAGCGCGCAUGGCUGUCAAGUGCCUGUCUACGGACUUAAAAUUGUUCGAAUCGCGACGAGAGUCGGGAACGAAGAAGGCAAGACGACAGAAAUCGUGGCGGGGGGAUUGGUGGCGCCAGGAGAGGGAUGGUUGGCAUGGCAGGUGGCCGAGGUGGCUGCAUCACUCCUCGGAAAAGUGGAAGAGAGAAGAGAGGUUUUUCACCAUCGACCGGGUUUCCUCCUCGUCCACUACUCGCUAUAUCCGGUAUACACACGUUUGCACGCACACAUAUUUCGCUUCCUGCUCUUGCGACCUUGAACCUGAACCUACAAACUCGCAUCGCUCCGUCUCCCUCUUCUUUGACCUGUCUAUACGCGAAGAGAGAAGCUCCGCUGUGAAAAUCGAUGCCACGUUUGUUAUUUGUGGCACAGAAGCUGUGUUUGUUUUCGAAAAAGGAGAAUUAUCGUUUUAUAUUUAUACUUUUAUUAUUAUAGAAGGCAAAAAAUUUCGAAGCUUGGACACUUUUCGAACGAGCUUAAAAGGAAUUUACGUGGCGAAGAGAAACGAAUGCGAAAGAAGAAUUAAUAGAAUAAUCACCUUCACGGUUGCAGGAGUUGCCACCAUUGAAUGGAUCUUUCUUCGGCAAAGCGAUAUGCAGCAACAUACUCCCAUAAAAGCUAGCCACCUUUUUCGUGGGACGUUGCCGCGUAAUCGACCUUUAUCAUACUGCGGCCACGAUUGACACCGGUCUUGUAAUCGAAUUUACGGCUUCCGGCCUUGCGUAAGUGGUAAGCGGCAUCCAUGAGCAAUGUGCAAGUCGUGACUUAACCCAUUAACAGCCAAGUAGUGAAAUGAUAAUGCGAUUUUUAUAUACGAUUAUUUUUGA